AUGCUUCAGGUCGAGAAACCCUGUUCGCGGCUCAUCACUUCUUCACCAAAGGAUGGAACCUUGACCGAGCCAAUAACGCCCGCCCGCCAUGACCUUGGAAGCCAUCGAAGCUCUCCUUCAUUGGCGUCGACUCGAUAUCCCGGAGCAGAACCCGCGAUUCCAUCGGCAUGGCCAAAGAGGGACAUAGACAGUGUUCCAGAAGAGCCAGAAGCACGCUCUACAGCCAAUUGCACCGCUAAGCCUCUAAACGCCGAGGCGCGUCUCAAACACGCUCUUGAUAAAGUUCUGCAUCUCAAGCGUGAAAACCUCGAAGAACAAACUGCGACUCUGGACUACCGUGUCCCACCAGAGAUUUCUAAAGCGUGUCUUGACAAUUUCUGCAAGCACUACCAGGUUGACAUAUUCCGCGACUUUAUUAACAUCAAGCUGAUGUACCAAAUUCUAUGCAUCAUCGACGUACCGGAGAUCAGUGUCGACCCAGCCGCACUUAUUCUCUAUUAUAGUAUACUCUACCAUGGGUCCUUGACGAUUUUGCCUGAAACGACACCGCAGGUUGGGGACCUUGCUCAAGCCAUGUACGUUCACUGUCUUCGUGCUAUACCGGCCUGGCAGAAGCAAGCUUCAGGGACAAAGACCGAUGUAAUUAUCGCCAUCCUUCUUAUGCGAGCCGCCUUUCAGCAGUAUGACUUCGAGUUUAGCUGGAGUAUAUACAAGCUUGUGUGGCAUUACAUAAGAAAACUCGAUAUGCACAACCUUGAUCAGACCUUUCCUGGUCCAUUCAUGGAUCCCAAGCUUCCAACGGAAGGGGCGGACCAGCACAGGAUGGGCUUUUGGGCCUUGGUGCUUGUCGAUAUCUUCUUCCGGCUGCUGCAAGAUAAGCCUGCCGUUAUUACUGCGAAUAUCGCCGAAUGGCGCGUCAAUCUUCCAUCGAUAAAAACGACAUCCGAGCUCGCCGAACAUGUGGUCCCCACGUUGACCUUUUUCGUAAAGUCUCGAUUGACUUUCCUUCUCCUCGGCUUCUUUGAUAUGCUCAGUCAAAAUGCGGAAGACAAGAGCAGUGUAAUCAAGCGCAUCGAGGAAUUGUGUAAAGAAAUCGAAGCUUUGUUCCAGGAAUGGUCUGUGACCGAUUCAAUGGCUGCAUACGAGGAUAAUGCUGGGUUCUGGUGGAUGCUCUACGACCUGACCCUCACAGCAUACUGCUCCAUGAUGGUCAUGAGCCGUGAACUAGCUAUUCUUCAGUCUGGGCUCUCUGGCGAGUUCACAGCAAGCGGCGACGUGCCCAUCACACCUCUAUCAGUUAAUAUCGCACGCCGCAUCAUGCAUCUCACUCUGUUGGGUCUAGGGAAAUAUCCAAGCCCGGCAGCCGCAUGUUGUGUUUUUGGCACAUUCCGCUGUUACGUGGCAUAUGGCUGCUUAGCCGAACAUCUUUUCACGAACGACCAUGGAGAUUCCGGCUCUACUGCAAAGUCUGAUAUGGUUUUGCUGGACCAGGUUUCCCAAAAGAUGGCUGCGAUAGCAGAAAGAGAUCAAGAUCUUGUGCCAGUAGUGCUCACGCUCUAUGAGCUGAAUAGUAGUAUUCAUGCCAAAUGGAAGAGAAGCCAGGAAGCUGCCAGCCUUUAG